AUGGAGGUAGAACACCCUUUGUUGAGAGAGAGAGCCACAUUGGCUGGACCAAGCUUAGCUCAAAGCCAGAACCAAACAAUCAAUGAGGUCCAAGUUUUAUCCAAACCAAGCAUAUCAGAAACAUCUUAUGACUUCUGCAACCAUUCUGAGUCCUUUGAGAAGCUAGUAGAGAUGGGCUUGCCAUGUAACCAAUCUGUGGAGGAAAAGUUGUCUUGGUUGCGGUCCCAAAUCAUAGGUAACGAUGCAGAAUUUGAUUCUCCAUUUGGAAAACGGAAACUUCUCUAUGCUGAUCACACUGCUUCAGGCCGCAGCCUUCAGUACAAUGAAAACUUCAUCACCAAUCACCUUCUUCCUUUCUAUGGUAAUACUCACACUUGCGACAGUUACGUGGGAAGUAGGACAACAAAAAUGCUACAUGAAGCAACUGAGUACAUUAAGAAAUGCUUAGGUGUAGGGGAAAAUGAUGCAAUCAUCUUUUGUGGCUCGGGUACAACUUCAGCCAUCAAGAGGUUGCAAGAAAUAAUGGGAAUUGCCGUGCCUUCUAUUAUGAGGGAAAGGCUUUUAAAGAGCCUCAGCACAGAAGAAAGAUGGGUGGUUUUUGUUGGACCGCAUGAGCAUCAUUCAAACCUGCUUUCUUGGAGGCAAAGCUUGGCUGAGGUGGUAGAGAUUGGCCUUGAUGACAAUGGGUUGCUUGAUAUGGAUGCUCUAAAGCUGCAACUUGAAGCCUACAAAAAUACCAAUCGACCCUUGUUGGGAUCUUUUUCAGCUUGUAGCAAUGUCACUGGAAUCUACUCAGAUACACGUGCAAUUGCUCAACUCCUUCACCAGUACAAGGGCUUUGCAUGCUUUGAUUUCGCAGCCAGUGGUCCAUACGUGGAGAUAGAGAUGAGAUCAGGGCAUAGUGAUGGGUAUGAUGCUGUGUUCCUCAGUCCUCAUAAGUUUCUUGGUGGUCCUGACUCUCCUGGGGUGCUCCUCUUGAACAAGGCCCUCUACCGGUUAGGAUCUUCUCCUCCAUCAACUUGUGGAGGUGGAACUGUGACUUAUGUCAAUGGCUUCAAUGAAAAGGAUACACUGUAUUUGGAGAACAUAGAGGAAAGGGAAAGUGGGGGCACACCUCCAAUAAUCCAGACAGUUAGAGCAGCAUUGGCAUUUUGGGUGAAAGAAUAUAUAAGCUUCAAUGAAAUUGAAAAACGUGAACAAAUGUACAUUAACAAGGCACUUGAAAGGCUUGUUUCAAAUCCCAACAUUGAGGUUCUAGGAAACUUGAAGGCCAAGCGACAAGCUAUAUUAUCAUUUCUCAUAUACUCCACCACCAAUUCUUCCUCAGCUGGUAGGAGAAAUGAGUGGAAUGAUGGUAACCAAGAAAAUGAAAGGGAACUUGAUCUGUGGUCUGAAAUGGGGAACCAAAGAGGUAAGCCACUUCAUGGCCCUUUUGUUGCAUCACUGCUCAAUGACCUCUUUGGCAUCCAAGCUCGAGGUGGGUGUGCUUGUGCUGGACCUUAUGGCCAUGAAUUGCUCAACAUCAACAAGUCUCAAUCACUUGCAAUUAGAUCAGCAAUUCAAGAGGGCUACAUUGGAGUAAAGCCAGGGUGGACCCGAGUUAGUUUUCCUUACUACAUGAGUGAAGAGGAUUUCGAGUACAUUAUGAAUUCCAUAGAAUUUGUAGCUGUAUGUGGGCAACGGUUCUUUCCUCUUUAUAACUUCAAUUUGAGAAAUGGAAGCUGGAGAAUGAAGACAGAGAAAUUUAAGGCUCUAACCAAGGAAGGAAAUUGCAACUUUCCUACUUAUCAUAAUAGUGGAGUUACACAAGGUGGGGUAAUGAGAAGAAAUGAAUCAUAUUUUGAUGCGGCUAAAUGCAUUGCUAGUAGGCUCCCCAAAUUCCCUUCUCAGGGUGUACUACAGGGAGAUGUGGAUCCCAAUAUCUUUUGCUUCAGAGUUUGA